AUGGUAGCCGAUUUCGAUAGUGGCUGGUACGAGGGUGCUGGCGAUGAACUCGGCCAAGGCGCACGGAAUGGUGUGCUGCGGGAGCGGCUGGGAGGAAACGAGAAAGCGCAGGUUGUUCGCAGCCGAAGGAAAGCUGUCGCAUGGAACGUUCUGAUGGUGCUGGGGCUCAUACUGUACGUGCUGUACUCUGCAUGCUUCGCGCAGGCGCGACAAUGGUGGCGGACCAACGGCAUGGCGCGCGGGAGCCAGGCGGGGCGGUUCCAGCUGGUUCAGGUGCAUCACCAUGGGGUUGGCGCAGAACACGCGACGCACCUGGUGCUGGACGUGGAUGCGGAGUUCCGCAAGGAGGCGGCGGCCGAGUACAGCGUGUUCGCGCUGCACGGGGAGGGGCAGGAGCUGUGGCCGGAGGCCGGGCGGCGGCGCGCGGCCAACCCGUUCGAGUAUGCGUACGCGCUGCGCGAAGAACGCGCGACGGUGGUGCGCGCGCAGCAGCAAGUGCCCGAGUUCAUGGAGCCGUACCUGGAUUUUGCGCUAGAGCGGCCGGACCUGGCAGAGCAGAUAAAGAUGGACUGGGGGUACGAGAACAUGUUUGUACCGAACAUCACGGACAAGGAGACAGUGAUCUCGCUGGCGCUGAUGUCGUCGAACGCAUACGUGCGGUUGCCGAACACCGGCAAUUGGCGCAAUGUGACCAGCUGGAACAGCUCGGUGGAGGGCGACCAGAUACACCUGGGCUGGGACGAGAACGGGCUGCGAGCGCACGUCUUCGCGAACGAGGACCGCUCCGUGGUGGUCCUGGCGCUCAAGGGCACCAGCAGUCAGGUGCUGCCGGGGUCCGGGGAUGACGACGAGACCAGCGCCAAUGACAAGCUCAACGACAAUCUGCUCUUCUCGUGCUGCUGCGCGCGCGUCAGCUACCUGUGGACCACGGUCUGCGACUGCUACAUCAAGUCAUACACAUGCGAGGAGUCGUGCCUCGAGUCGGAGCUGCGUCGCAAGGACCGCUACUAUCAGGCGGGCCUCGACAUGUACAAGCAAGUGCUGGCCGAGUUCCCCGACGCGUCUAUUUGGCUGACGGGCCACUCGCUCGGCGGGGCCCUUGCCAGCCUGGUCGCGCGUACCUACGGCGUCCCCGCCGUGACAUUUGAGGCGCCCGGCGAGCUCCUCGCCACGCAGCGCCUUCACCUGCCGCAGCCCCCCGGCCUGCCCAACCAGCUGGACACGGUCUGGCACUUCGGCCACACGGCCGACCCGAUCUUUAUGGGCACAUGCAACGGGGCCAGCUCCGCCUGCUCCAUCGCGGGCUACGCCAUGGAGACGAGCUGCCACUCGGGCAAGAGCUGCGUGUACGACGUCGUUAACGACCGUGGCUGGCGCGUGAACUUGCUGCACCACCGCAUACACACCGUAAUAGACAAGAUCCUCGACGACUACGACGCCGUGGCGGCAUGCGUUCCGCCAGACAUAUGUCACGAUUGCUAUAACUGGAACUACGUGCGUUGGCGCGACGGCACCACAUCCCCCAUGCCGUCCAGCGUCGCCAGCAAACCCACCCCGACCCCCACCAGCCCGGGGAGCCCAUCCUCGACGUGUAAAGGGCGGAACUGGUUUGGCUACUGUACCGAGUAUGCGUGA